AUGCUGCGGCAAUACAUGAUCCGGUCGCUGAAGAGGCCUGCCUACCGUGCAGCCCUCAAUGGCAGCCGGGCCUUUACUGCCUCUGCCCGCCGCCCAGCAGAAGUUGAGCUCACCAUCGAUGGCAAGAAGGUAUCAAUCGAAGCCGGUGCGGCUCUCAUCCAAGCCUGCGAAAAGGCCGGAGUUACAGUCCCGAGAUACUGCUACCACGAGAAGUUGAUGAUUGCUGGAAGUUGUCGUAUGUGCUUGGUUGAGGUGGAGCGGGCUCCCAAGCCCGUGGCUUCCUGCGCGUGGCCCGUACAGCCCGGAAUGGUUGUCAAGACAGACUCCCCUCUUGUCCACAAGGCGCGAGAGGGUGUCAUGGAGUUCCUCCUGGCCAACCACCCUCUUGAUUGCCCCAUUUGCGACCAGGGUGGCGAGUGUGAUCUUCAGGACCAGUCCAUGAGGUACGGUGCGGACCGCGGUCGCUUCCACGAGAUCGAGGGCAAGCGCGCGGUUGAAGACAAGAAUGUUGGACCUCUUGUAAAGACCUCUAUGAACAGGUGUAUCCACUGCACACGUUGCGUCCGUUUCUCCAACGAUAUCGCUGGUGCUCCUGAAUUCGGUUCCUUCGGUCGUGGCAACAGCUUAGAAAUCGGUACCUACCUUGAAACUGCCCUCGACACCGAAUUGUCUGGAAACGUCAUUGAUCUUUGCCCCGUUGGUGCGCUCACAUCCAAGCCGUACGCGUUCAAGGCCCGCCCAUGGGAACUCUACAAGACAGAGACAAUCGAUGUCCUUGACGGCUUAGGCUCAAACAUCCGCGUUGAUUCUCGCGGUCUCCAGGUUAUGAGGGUUAUCCCCCGUCUUAACGACGACGUCAACGAGGAAUGGAUCAACGACAAGACCCGUUUCGCCUGCGACGCCCUUAGCACCCAGCGUCUUGUAAACCCACUUAUCCGUGUCAACGAUCAGUUCCAGCCUGCCAGCUGGGAACAGGCUCUUGUUGAGAUUGGCAAUGCGUACAAGAAGGUUGCCCCCAAGGGCAACGAGUUCAAGGUUGUAGCUGGUCACCUCGUUGAGACCGAGACACUGGUUGCCAUGAAGGAUCUCGCCAACAGGCUCGGCUCGGACAACUUGGCUCUUGACCAGCCCGGUGGUAGCGAGCCCAUUGCUCACGGAAUCGACGUCCGGUCAAAUUACGCUUUCAACUCGAAGAUCUACGGUGUCGAGGAAGCUGAUGUCAUCCUUCUUAUUGGCUCCAACCCUCGAUGGGAAGCUGCCGUCCUGAAUGCUCGUAUCCGCAAGCAGUGGUUGAGGACUGAUUUGGAGAUUGGCUACGUUGGCGAGGACUUUGAGAGCACUUUCGAGUACGAGAAGCUUGGAAACAACGCCAACGAUGUCAAGAGUGCUCUUUCUGGCGAGUUCGGCAAGAAGUUGGCUUCAGCGAAGAAGCCCAUGAUCAUUGUUGGCAGCGGUGUUACUGAGCACGCUGAUGCCAAGUCGAUCUACGAGCAGGUUGGCUCUUUCGUUGAGAACAACAAGGCUGUCUUCCAGACUGAGGAGUGGAACGGCUUCAACAUUCUCCAGCGAACUGCUUCCCGCACUGGUGCCUACGAGGUUGGCUUCACUGUCCCCUCAACUGAGGUUGCUCAAACGAAGCCCAAGUUUGUUUGGCUUCUUGGAGCUGACGAGGUCAACGAGGCCGAAAUCCCCAAGGACGCCUUUGUUGUUUACCAGGGCCACCACGGUGACCGUGGCGCACAGCUUGCUGAUAUUGUCCUGCCUGGUGCUGCCUACACCGAAAAGUCCGUCACAUACGUCAACACCGAGGGCCGUGUACAAAUGACACGCGCCGCUGUUGGCCUUCCAGGUGCCUCAAGGGAAGACUGGAAGAUUAUCCGAGCAGCAUCUGAGUACCUUGGCGCUGAACUGCCAUACGAUGAUGUUGAAGCUCUGCGAGACCGCAUGGAAGAAAUCUCACCUGCUCUCAGGAGAUAUGACCUUGUUGAGCCUGCGUCGCUACCUAGCUUAAGCCAGGUACAACUGGUCGAGCAGAACAAGGGCGCCCAAACUACUGGUCAGGCGCUCAAGAACCCCAUUGAGAACUUUUUCUUCACAGACGUCAUCUCAAGAAACUCACCGACUAUGGCCCGUUGCUCAGCCGCCAAGGCCCAGAACAACCCCCAGACAAACUUCAUGGCACCCGGUGAGCCAUACCCUCAGGUCGGAUAUGGACCUCAGGUAUCAGCAGCAGCGAAUGUUUAG